AAUAGAGAAUGCGUCACCAUUAGGUAAGGAUGGUAAACCGAUACCAAUUGAUUUAGAUAAAGCACGCAUUGGUAUUACUAUUUGGCCUGAAGAUUAUAAUAUUAGAUUUGUAAAAAGACAUGAUAAUGUCGAAAAGGUUUUAUUUGGUCUAACCUAA